AUGUCGCAAAGUCAUGCGUUGUCCGAUGACCAGGUUGCGGGCGAGCUCCGCAAGAUGACGGCCUUCAUCCGGCAGGAAGCGCUGGAGAAGGCCCGUGAAAUCCAGCUCAAAGCCGACGAGGAGUUCGCCAUCGAGAAGUCCAAGCUCGUUCGUCAGGAGACUGCCGCUAUCGACACUCAGUAUGAGAAGAAGUUCAAGCAAGCUUCCAUGUCCCAGCAGAUCACUCGCUCUACUCUCGCCAACCGCACCCGUCUCCGUGUUCUCUCGUCUCGCCAGGAACUGCUUGAUGAUCUGUUCCAGCAGGCUCGUGAUCAGAUCUCCGGUAUCGCAGCUAAGGAUGCGGAGAAGUAUGAGGCUGUGCUGAAGGGCUUGGUUCUCGAGGGCUUGUACGCUCUCAAUGAAGAUAAGGUGUCGAUUCGGGCGAGGAAGCAGGAUACCGACGCUGUCAAGAAGGCGAUUGAGGAGGCCGCGAAGGAAUUCAAGGAGACCGUCGGCAAGGAAACGUCCGCGGAGCUGGACGAGGAGGAGCCGCUGCCUGAGGGAUCUGCUGGUGGUGUCGUCAUUAUUGGUGGCCAGGGCAAGAUCGAAAUCAACAACACGUUCGAAGAGCGGCUGCGCCUGCUCGAAAUCGACGCCCUCCCCGCCGUCCGCGAGACACUGUUCGGCAAGAACACCAACCGGAGGUUCUAUGACUAG